CUUGGUUUUGACAAAAAUGCCACUUUUACACGGCAGUGACGGACAAAGCAAAAAUAUUAUAUCAUGAAAUAUGUUCCUUUACACAAUGUCUUCAUAUUUUUGUUAAUGAACCACAUUCAUCCAAACUUUCUUGUAAAUGGUGUAGCAGAGAAACAACGAGGAAGAUUCACUUCAGAAAACGAACCAAAUCAAAUGAGAGGAGAUCGGACAAUUCACGAAAGUUACAGACAGAGACACAAAUACAAACCAGGAACGGGCCAUCAAGGAUUCUUGAAGAGAUUAGCCAGAAGCAAUAAUGAUGGCCCACAAUGUGCUGUUAUGUACAAAAACAACGAACCUGUGGGAAUACUCCAGCCUUAUGAAGAGUCAUACCGAUUUCUGCCGGUCAAAGGGGAACCUACUCUUGUAGACAUCAACCCCAUACCGGUCAAAAGAAAAACAAUCAUGGACGUCAUCUACCCUAGCGAGAUAGCAGAUGACGACGAUAGUCGCAAAGUGAGUGACACAGUCGGAUUUUCAGACGAAAAGUUUCCAUCAGUAUUCGCCAAAUUCAGAAUCGACAGCAGAUUAUCUAAAUCUUGGAGCCCGGAGAACUAUAUGAAGAGAUCGAUGUUCAAAAGAGAACAGGACAAUCAGGAACAAUCUCUUGAACCGGCAAAUCCUCAAAUGAAUCUGGAGGAUGUUGCAGUUGAAGACGAGCUGAAAACCAUUUUGGACGAUAUGGGGCUGAUUGAUGAUUAUCCUAAUCGUGACGUCAAACGUGCCAUAGAGGAUGAAAAUUUAGAAUUCGGUACUAAUAAGAUCAACUUAUUCAAAGAGGAACACACUGAAAGUAGAGAAAAGAGAGAUGAUUUGAAUGCUACAGAUAUAUUCAUUGAAGCUCCAUCCAACACAACUGUGAAGUUCGCUAAGUUUCAUGACUCGAAAAUUUCAGAAGAUACUGGAAAUGAAGUCGAACUGAAUGAUGAAGACACCGUUGAUGAAAAACGACAAAUUGACGAGGCAAAAGAUGAAAUAUCUUCAUCAGAUUAUAUUAGAUCAGACGAAAUUGAAAGUGAAGGUGACAGUCCUUAUGAGACCCGUAUAGAAAGAGCAAUUCGCGACAAGAUACAUAAACUGAAAGAAGAGGUAAAGAAGGAAAUCGAUAAACUAAGAGGAAAAAAAGACGACAAAAAAGAUGAGAAAACUAAUGAAAAUAAUGACGAGAAAAAAGGCGACAAAAAAGACGGAAAGGAGAAUGGAAAGAAGGAUGAGAAUAAAAAAGAACAAAAGGAUGAAAAAAAUGAUGAGAAGGAGGCUGAACGAAAGAAUGAGAAGAAGGAUGAAAAGAAGCAUGAGAAGAAGGAUGAGAAGAAAGAAGAAAAAGAGGUAGAGAAAAAAGAAGGAAAAAAGGAAGAAAAAGUUGACGAGAAGAAAGAUGAAAAUAAGAAACCAAUCUCUGACGAUACGCGACGGAAAAAGAGACAAACAAUCAAUACGCUGAUUGAAGCAGAGAACAAAGAUAUUGAUCCCAUGAGUUUCAAUGAUGAAUACGAAGAAGUACAUGUGCGAAGAAAAAGAAAUACUGAUUUUGAUGAUGUCGAAACUAGUGAACCACAUUUGAAAAAAUUUGAAUUCAAAUCUAGAUCAUUGAAGCAAUCCGAUGUGAAUAUUUUAGAUGAAGGGAUCGAUCAUUUGAAACAAGAAGAUGAAGGGAAUUCUGAAAAGGAUGUCGUUAUCGAAGAUGAUGAAGAAGAUCUCAAUGAACGUAGUGAUUCAUCGAAUAAUGAGAAUGGUGAAAUAACAGGAGACGCCGGCGCAAACAGUGACUCAUCACAUGAAUAUGACGAAUCCGAAUUUGAAAAUGAUAGUGAGGAAUCGUAUGAAGAAGCUGACAAAGCAAAGAAUGAUGAUACGAAAACAGGCGACACCUACGAGAAAGACACCUGCAACUGCGAGAAAAACAGCAACGAUUGCAAAUGCAGCAUUCCAUCUCUGAAUAAUCGACAACCAUCAGACAGCCAAGAAAAAUCGGACAUAAAUUCCGCAGUAGAAGCAGCAGAAUCAAGCAGAGAACAUUGUUCAUGUGAUAAAACUGGAAAUUGCAAAUGCCUCAGUUCACUUCUAGGCAAACCCGAAUCAGCGGUUGAUGAAGAUUACUCAGCAGAAGAUGACGAAGACACUUCAAAAUCCGGAAUGAAUAAAAGAGAUAUUCGACAAAUGUCCUCCGAUACAAAACAACAUUGUAGUUGCAAUAAGAACGGCAAUUGCAAAUGUGGGAGUCCAGUGGAUGAACCGGAGCCACUGCUCGACCAAGAUUAUGAAGCAGCAGAUGACGCCCUGCCCAAAAAUGCCAAUGAAGAUCUCAGCGAGUUCAACAAAGACGGCAUUGCAAUCGAAACAAACGACGAUGAAGAGCCGGUGGCCAGCAAAUUCUCGAGGCGAGCCAUCAAACCGCGAAAGGAAGCGAUGAAGAACUUCCAGAACGGUGAAUACUUCGUCGACUUCCAUCCGAGUCGUUACAAAUUCCCAAUGGGAGAGACCUUCCGGAGGAAACGGGAUAAUUUCGAGGAUAUGGUGGCAAUCCAUGGAGGAGGAGCUGUCAGAGCUCAUCUAGCGGCUGUGAGGGAGCGAAGCAUGUUGCCGUUUCCUCGACAACGGUCGAUGAGGAGAGUUCGGAAGGAGGACAACAACAGCGAAGCUAGACAGCUGAUCGACAUGUCUGACGAGGAUAUUUUCGGGGCGCUGCCGCAGGGGUUCGAGGGAGGGUUGCAGAGGUACAAAAGAGUCAAACGUACAUGAAAAUGUUAAAAUGUUGACUUAAAGAUGACUGUUCUCGGCUGAUUGCUAUGGCUUGAAUGGUGGUUGGUUAUACAGAUUUAUACACGUAGUAAGUUUUAAAAUGUGUCGAAAAUAAUGUAAAUAAAGGGAUUCACGAAAUUUCAAU